CAUAUUAGAAAUUAUGUAUAUAUUAUAUUAUCUUCAAGUUAUAUUGUUUAUGUAUAAUAUAAAUUGUAAUGUAAGACACUUCACACAUUUUAAUGUGGUGUAAUUGUAAUUUAGAUUCAUUAAUCAUAAUCGAACAAUUUAUUAGAAAUAUAGAAAAGUAUGAUGAGUGAAUAGUAUGUAUAAGAGAUACUCCUUUAUGUGUGUAUAGAAUUCACAGUGUCGUGCCUUAAAAGUGUUAGUGUCUCGAUGUUGAAUACAUAUCCAACAAGAGUGCGCGUCAUAGCGAGCAUGCGCACUCGGACUAAAAUGUACACAAGACGGAGAGCAUCUCCGUCUCAUCUGACAACAAACUUGCAGAGUUCUAAUCUUGCGCUUGACUAGAAAGGUUCUUGUCGUCAAGUUCCUUAGCCAGCUUGAUUGACCAAAGUUAUCUUGAUUUGUAAAUUUGACAGAAGAAAGAAAUGUGAAAGAAAUGUUUCUGUCAAGAAGUGUAACGAAACAAUUAACGAAAUUCAAACGAAUUCCUUUACAAACAGUGAGUGUUCGCGAUAGUUCUGGGCAUGAGGAAGAAAAACUAAGUUACGAGGAUCAUUAUCGAGCAAAAAUUGGAAAUCGAGAAGUAAUUGCAUUUGGACUUAAUGGCACUCCAUCUUAUAUUGAUUUGUUCCAUCGUCCAUUUCCAUCUAUAAGAUUUCGAGAAUUUGGACCAGAAUUGACGGCUCUGAGAGAAAAAGAAAGAGGAAAUUGGAAAACAUUGAGUACUGAGGAAAAAAAAUGUUUAUAUCGAGCGAGUUUUUGCAAUACAUUUGCAGAAAUGGAUGCACCGGAUCCAGAAUGGAAAUCGGUUUUUGGAUGGACUUUAGUUUGGAUUUCUGCAGGACUUUGGCUCUUUAUUUUCUAUCAAGUGUACAUACGAAUGACUGCUCCAAUAUCAUUUUCACCAGAGCACAGAAUAGCGCAAUAUUAUCGUUCAGUUGAUUUAAAUAAGAGACGAAUCACUUACAAUAAAUUUUUUGUCCCACCUGGUGCAGUAAAAAGAGAGCAUCCGAAAAAUCAAAAAAUGUUGGACGAAUUAAAUGCACAACUCAAUAAGACCAAUAGUGCCAGAUAAAAUAAUAAAUUUCUUUUUUUUUUAUUCUGUUAUAAAACAGUCAA